CUUUCUCUUGUAGCUGCUGAAGAGAAUCUCUUGAAGCUUCUUGCUAAGUUCUUUUAAAGAGACAUGGCACAAACUGGACUUAGGAUUUUUCUACUCAUAAGCAUACUGCUGCUGGAUCAGACCAUCAGCCAGGCUUCCAAAUUCAAAGCCAGGAAGCACAGCAAACGUAGAGUGAAAGAAAAAGAUGACCUAAAGACCCAGAUUGACAAAUUGUGGCGGGAAGUAAAUGCUCUGAAAGAAAUGCAAGCACUUCAGACAGUCUGUCUUCGUGGGACAAAGGCCCAUAAGAAGUGCUACCUUGUAUCAGAAACCACCAAACAUUUUCAUGAAGCCAAUGAAGACUGCAUAACCAAGGGAGGGACACUGGCUAUCCCAAGGAAUCAUGAUGAAACAAACACUCUUCGAGAUUAUGGCAAGAAAAGCAUGCCUAGAGUGUCUGAGUUUUGGUUGGGUAUCAAUGACUUGAUAAAUGAAGGGAAAUUUGUUGAUGUCAAUGGCAUGGUUCUACAGUACUUCAACUGGGAUCGUGCCCAACCAAACGGGGGAAAGCGUGAAAACUGUGUCUUUUUUUCCCAGUCAUCACAAGGCAAGUGGGUGGACGAAGUCUGCCGCACUGCCAAAAGAUAUAUUUGUGAAUUUCUGAUCCCAUAAUUACAUUUACAAAUGACCAUGACCAUGACUAUAUUUUAGGUUAUUAACAUGCAGUUUUGCUUGUGAGCAACCCCUCACACUUUGAUGUUGGAGAGUGAAAAAUAUCUGUCCUCUGCAUUGUACUCGUUCUUUCCUGAAGCAGAAGUUCUCUCUAUUAAUUUAUUUUAUAUUCAGAUGCUAAAAAUGUAAUUUUUAGUGAGUGCUCUCUUUAUGUACAAGAACAUAUAUUGAGUUUUGACCUACAUUAUAUCAUAUUUUGGCAUAUUAUUUCAGCUGUAUUUUCCAGUUCCUAGCAUUUACCUCCUAUUUCUGUACAUUUUACCUCCAUGGUAGGUUAGCAUUUGCUUGAACUCCACACUCCAGUGAAUUUAUUGAAAGUUUACAAAAGAUUGCUGCAUAGUGACAUGUGCCAGUGUGAGGUGUAAGGAUCCUUUUGGUUCCGGUGUUUAAGAGGGACCUUGGGAUAAUGUGAGCUCCUGUGAAAAACUGUCAUUAUCGUCAUGGAGCUUAAAAGGAUGUAUCUGUGAUCAAGAGUUUUUUACUCAUGGGUUAAAAAAGCCCAAUUAAACAGAAAAAUCUGAUGUUAAUUUUUAAACUACUUAUAGUUAAAAGUGAUACACUGCUAGAAAAUGGGAGAAGUGCCUGUUCUAAAACAUCAGUUAGUCUAAACAUACUUGCUUCUAAAUGUCUCAAUUAUGAUUAAAUAUUAGGUGUCAUUUGGAACAUUCUCAUAGAAGAAAUCAGUGUGCGACUAGAUCCCUCCUCCACUGUGCAGUGCCUUAAUAAGAUAUGCAAAAGACUUCUCUCCUGCAGGAUCGGAAGAAUGCAUUACAAUACACACAUUAACAGUGCCUGAAAGCACAAGCAGAAAGGAAGGAUCCUGUUUCUGGGCAUGAUACUGCUCAUUCACCUUCCUUUACAUGGCAGGCAGCACAUUAAUUUGGCACAAAAAAGUGAGGCCAAACUGCACCUCAUCUGGCCACAUACAUAUUUUCCCAAUUUAACACCCAAUAUUUGAAAAUGAAGUAAAAUGUGUUAGUUAUUCUUUGCUGUUCUUAACCUCACAAUAGCGAUUUGCCUUCAUGUUAUGAGUAGCAGUUUCUUUCUUGUGUAAAGGAAUUUCAUUUCAAUAUUUGAAUAUAUUGCUGCUUGGAGGCUAAUUCCUACGUUUACCUAUUUUAGUUGCACAAGAUUUUCUUAAAUUAUGCAAUAAAACUGU